AUGGGCACCAAACGAGUUGCUGUGAUUGGAGCUGGAGCAUCUGGAUUGCCUUCUAUUUGGCAUGGAUUACUGUAUGGUGCGGAUGUGACAUGCUUUGAGGCGUCGGAUGAUGUUGGUGGACUAUGGAGAUACAAAUCUCAUGACACGAAAGAAUCUUCCGUUAUGAAGACUACUGUAAUCAACACCUCCAAAGAAAUGACUGCCUACUCGGAUUUCCCACCACAGGAGACUCUUGCAAACUUUAUGCACAACAAUGAGAUGCUCAACUACCUGAAGGCUUAUGCUGAACACCAUGGGCUCAUGAAGCAUAUCAAGAUUCGUCACAAAGUUCUAAACAUCGAAAGAUCAGAAAAAUAUGAUACUGAUGGAACUUGGAAGGUCACUUAUCAGAAUCCAGAAGGUAAAGUCCUUGAAGAUGUGUUCGAUGGAGUCCUCGUAUGCUCUGGCCAUCAUGCUAUCCCUCACUGGCCCACUCCAUUCAAAGGGCAAAACGAAUUCAAGGGAAGAAUUGUUCAUUCUCAUGACUGCAAAGAUCACAAGGGAUAUGAAGAUAAGGUUGUAGUUGUCGUUGGAAUCGGAAAUUCGGGUAUUGAUGUUGCUGUGGAGCAGUCGAGAAUCGCAAAGCAGGUGUAUCUAGUGACUAGAAGAGGAACUUGGUUGAUUCCAAAGUUGGAGACUCGUGGUCUCCCAUUUGAUGUUAUCAUGAAUACACGCUUCUUCUCGCUGUACAAACUCUUCCCACAAUCCAUACUUAACUCCCUCGUCGAGUAUCGUAUCAACCAACGUGUGGACCACGACCUCUAUGGACUCAAACCCUCCCAUCGUGUGUUCUCCGCCCAUCCAUCUCUCAACGAUGAACUCCCCAAUCGGAUUGCCAAUGGAACUGUCAGAAUAAAGCCAAACAUCAAGAAAUUCGACGGAUACUCCAUUCAUUUUGAAGAUGGGGACCUGUUCAAAUAUAUGUUCCCAGUGGCUACGUCGGAUCACAACUCGCUUUGUAUUAUUGGUCUGAUUCAACCAUUCGGAUCUAUCAUGCCGGUAUCCGAGCAGCAAUCACGUGUCUUUUAUGCUAACCUGUUUUCUGGGAAUCAAAUCAUUCCGAAGAAGAAUCAGAUGUCUGAAGACGUUGCCAACAAGAAGGAGGCGAUGGCUCAGCAAUUUGUGAAAUCCAGAAGACACACAAUUCAAGUGGAUUAUAUUCCAUAUAUGGAUGAGCUCGCUGAACUCAUCGGAUGUCAAGUUCCGAUUCUCAGAACUCUCCUCACUGAUCCAAUUCUUGGGCUUCGUCUUUUCUUUGGCCCAAAUGCGGGAUAUUGCUAUCGAUUGGCUGGUCCACACACUUGGCAAGGUGCCAAAAAUGCGAUUUUGACUAUUGAUCAGCGUGUCAGAAAGGCGACCACUUCGAAACCAGAACCUACUAACUACAGUAUUCCUCUAUUGAUCUCUACUCUCAUUUUGUUUGCUAUUAUUUUCUUUUUAUUGUAA